GGCUUCAGACCCGUGGGCGACUCGGACAUCAUCAGCAACACCGCCCCCACGCCCACGGUCCGCAUGCGCAUCUACAAGGCCACGGGGCAGGAGGCGAACAACGUGGACCCUCGGGAACUCCUGACGCUGAAGAUCGAGAUGGAGCAGACCUCCGCCUUCGCCAUCUUCGCCAGGAACCUCGAGGCCAGGACGGACAACGGCGAGAUUAUGACCCUUAUUGACAAUAUUGGGUGCCCCCGCUACCGCCAGCAUCUUCCCGGAACUUGAGGUGGAGGAAAGAACCAAGAGCCUCUUCGGCAACCUUCAAGGCCUCUCCGCUUCCCGUCCACCGCCAGAGUCAACUUCUCGUGGCCACCAUCCGGUUCUGCCAGGAAGCGAUGCGAACCGGUGUCAUGCGGUGCCGGAGUCGUGUCAUACGGACGCCGUCGACGCAGAGCAGCGAACUCGACCUUAGUACGACACCGAGUCCAUAGGCCUACUCACGGAGGACGAGCUCGAGCGACGAGAUGG